GUUGUGCUGUGCAGUAGGUACCUAACGUUGGUUCCUAUGUGAAGCAGGCUUGUGAAUUGUCGAGGCCCGAUUCCACCGGCACAGCUAAAUACGUAGACUACCAGUAGAGUACGGUUUAUCUUCAAAACGAAAGUACCUCGUUGAUCAAUCCCACAGUUAAAUCGAGUUUAAACAAUAAACCAUCUUGGUGGAAUAGAGUCUGAUUUUUUCAAACUCCUAGGAAUAUAUACAGAAUUACCCUAAAAAAGACUUUUGAGUAACUCUUCUACUUAAUGAAUGAAUAUUCAUCAUAAAUUAGUUGGCUUAUUGCGAAUAACGGAACUCAAGACAUUAGACUGUGACAAAUAAGAUAAAGAAAACCUACAAUUUUAAUAACUCCGUAGGCCUUGUAUGGUCGAUAGUGACUUAUAUAAUAAAGUAACAGUAAGCCAUGGUCCUCAAUACAUUACAUUAUAGAAUUCUUAAUAUUUACCAAGUUUACAAAAAAUGGAUAAUUGCAAACCCACAACUUGCUGGAGAUGUUGAAAGCAUUUUACGAUGCUUAUCCUAUUUUACAGCUGGCCGUUUUGAUAAUUCAGCUCCAAGUUCCGAGCUGGUUUAUUCAAUCCCAAAUCUAAUAGUUCUUUUGAACGAUAGAAUAUUGUUAAGUAAUACUUUCCACAGUUCGCAACUUCCUAAACUACAAUCAAAAAUAAAGGUUUGGUUAACAGUUAUAGAAUAUACAGAGGCAUUAUUAGAAGUCUCAGCACAACGUAUAUACGGAGAAUCUGGAAAGUGGUUGACAAUACUUCUAAUUCAAGUAUUCAAAGCAUUCCUGCGACUUCUGUUAGUCUACAAAUUCAAAGAGCGUAUCACACAGAAUCCUCCAAUAUCUCCAUUGAAUCGUGAGAAGUUAAAAGAUAAUCAGUCAGCGCCAAUUGUUGCGGAAGGUUUUGCGCUAAAACGUACUGGUACCAUCGUACGCUCAGUAAAUAAUGCACCACCGGUUCAAAUGCGAAAUUGGGCACCGUUGUCUCCAGUUGAAAGCAGAGAGGUAGACAUACAACCCAUGACGAAAAAAACACUUAUCUUGGCUGAGACGCUUUAUAUUUUAAAACCGCUUCUACACCUCGGAUGUGUAUCCAUAUGUGGACGUAAACAAUGGAAACCAUGGUUUCUCUCUUUUCUUCUGGACAUUGCAAGUUUAAGGAUAUACAACCAAGAGGGUCGAUUUGCGGCUUUCACAAAGGAGGAAAAGAUGGAAAUCUAUAGAAGACAGCUUGGACUUUUGCUCUAUCUGUUGCGUUCACCAUUUUAUGAACAUUGCAGUCGUGUUAAAAUAUAUUCAAUGCUCAAUGUAAUUUCUAGCAUAGUGCCUUUCGCAAGGAUCUUGGCAGACCCGUUAACUAAAUAUUUGCCGCAUUGGCAGAAUACCUAUUUCUAUAUGUGGUCAUGCUGAGGAAAGUAAAAUAUCAGAGAAUAGAAGUUGGUCUUUGUAAAGUUUAAUAUUUAAGAACAAAUGGCAAAGGAAAGAAUCUAUUUUAUGUAAUCUGAGAAUUACGAACGCGUUACUAAAUUACCGGUAGUGAUUCUUUUAAUCAGUUACAGGAUCAAAACCUGACUUAUAUUUUUAAAUGUUUUAAGGAUUAUAUGAACAUUCCGAGAAUGUUUUAUAAUAGCGAAUAAUAACAUAAAUUUUUGAAUAAUAACCCUU